CCAGCCCCCUUUUGUUUACCUCCCUCUCCCGCUUUCCCUCUCGCCGCGCAGUUUCUGCUUUUCACAGCAUUUUACAUGAAAGUGGCAAUCUGUGAGGAUUACCCAGUUUGUGGGCUAAAAAAAGGAUACUGUAGCUUGGGUGCUAAAUCUGACUCAAGGCAGAACUGAAGUCAUGGGCUCCGUUUCUAACCAGGAAUUCCCAGGAGUGUGUAAGACCGAGGAGGAUGAGGGACCGAGCACCGAGGAGGAUUCACAGUCUUUCCACGGGGUUGGCGUGUGUAAAUGGUUCAAUGUCCGCAUGGGCUUCGGGUUUCUGUCCAUGACCAAGCGUGAGGGAGUGCCACUGGACGAACCGGUUGAUGUAUUUGUCCAUCAGAGCAAGUUGCACAUGGAGGGCUUCCGUAGCCUAAAGGAAGGUGAGGCAGUUGAGUUUACCUUCAAGAAAUCAUCAAAGGGCCUGGAGUCUCAGAGAGUGACCGGACCGGACGGCAUCCAUUGUGUGGGCAGUGAAAGGAGACCCAAAGGCAAGAAGGUCCAGAAACGACGGUUAAAGGGAGAUAGGUGCUACAACUGCGGAGGCCUGGACCACCAUGCUAAAGAGUGCAAGCUACCACCCCAGCCCAAGAAGUGCCAUUUCUGCCAGAGCAUUGACCACAUGGUUGCCAACUGCCCAAUCAAAGCACAACAGUCCUCACCGGGUUCUCAGGGAAAACCGUCCUCCUUGAAAGGUGAGGAGGAGGAGCACAGCCUUUCGGCCCCGCCACCCGAGACCUCCGAUUAAGCUGUAAAUUGGGCAACACUGACGCCGGGGAAGCACAGAGGCCAAUCACACUGCUUUGAUGGAGAGAUGGGAUACAUGGAUCCCCUUCCACCUGUUGAAGCUGCUUUUGGAACUACCUCAGGUUAAAAAAAAAAUUGCUGAUGAAGAAUGUUGCCAAGGUUUUGUUUGUUUUCAGUUGGUGUAACACUCAGGAAUACUGCUGUACUAUUGCACUCAGGACGCUUUCUAAAUGUUUGAAUCACUGCUGUAUAAGAGGUUUGAGAUUGUAGUGAGCAACGCCAUAUGACGAAUUAUCUGAGUUUUUUUAGAAUGUUUUCUUUUAUGUGAAACUAUGCCCCUUCUGUGGGCAUUAUACCUCUUCUGUUAUUCCACAAUACUCAGUGUUUAGUAUAGACUUACACUUUUGCUGCCUUACAAUUAAGUCUUCUUCCUGACUGUUACACCUCACUAUCCGACAAGGCAGAGACGUGACAGUUUGUACCUCUGUAAUGAAUGUUAGUUUGCAAAUCGCAUGGGGAAUGGGAGGGUUUGUGAAAACAUGGGACGGGUUUUAGGGUAUAGCUACAGGCAAUAUAUUGGCAUUUGUCAAUAUUGCAAUUGACCAUCCAGUUUUCCUGGGGCCAAAUGAAUGUCAGACCAUUAGUGGUUUCCAGCUUUUGGUCAGAGUUAUCUUUCUUAUUACAUUAUUUUCAUCCAGCAUUUUGCUGGCUGUCCGAAGGUGCACAGUCUACCUCAUUGUUGCAUGUCUGCUACUAUACUCAUGUCAUUCUAACCGCUGGUAAACCAAAUUGAAUAGAGCUUUGGAGAUUGUAAUUUGAAUUGGGAUUAAAUCAAAUCCUUUCUGCACUACAGUAUUAACACAGCAUUGCCAUUAGUUGUAAUAGACCCCAUUAAAGAGUAACUUAACACGGCUUUAAAAUGGUUGACAGUUUCGGGGAAAAUUGAGAAGUUUUUGAACACACCCACUCCAAUUCUGACAACUUAGGUAUGGGGAGAAGGUGUUUCAAUAGCUGAUGGAGUAUAUUGGUCAUUAAAAUCUCUUGAAAUUUUGACCAGACCCCAGCUGGAUGUGGUCAGUUGUACUUUGAAGUCUUGUUUUGC